AUGUUAUUAAGGGUCGGUGAAAGGCCCGGUUGGGGCACAUCAUGGGCUUGGAAGAAGUUCGUACGUUUCGGUGUCGCAUUUCUAUUCAUCACCACCUUUGCGCUUCUGCUCUGGCCCCAAAUCAACACCAAACAUGUCGUCGUACAUACCGCCGGCCACAAUAUCACCAUAUCCUCCGAUGUCAAAUGCGACAAUCUCAAUUUCGAUGUCCUAGGUCGUCUCGAUGUCCGCAAGCUGAGCAAGUAUAUGCGGCGUGAGAUUAUCGCAGUUCCGUCCUCCGCGCAGGGAAUUCCCAUCACACAGCGUGUCCAGACUCCAUUGUUCGAUACGAAGAAAUUGAAUGCCGAAGAUACGGUUACGGUCCAGCAGCAGUUGCAGGCCGAUUGCUCGAAUCCCUUUCCGAUUACCGUGCACGUACCCACUUCGCCGAAAACCGUGGAUGCCUCGCAUAUUGAUUUUGGUGUGGCUACAACUUUGAAACGUUUGAAUGAAUCGGUGGAUCAGUUUGCUCAUUGGGCUGGAUACACCAAAACUCGCAUCUUUGCUCUCGUGGAGCCGGAUGAUCGGGUGAAUGAAGUGCAGGCCAAGGCCGAUACUUUGGGGAUCAAUUUGUACGUGACACAGUCUGACGAGGAGUACCAAACCCGGUACUUUUCGUUGAUUGCACACCUGGCAGAGAACAUGCGCGAACAGACUCGGUGGUCUGUUGUUAUUGACGACGACACCUUUUUCCUUUCCAUGUCGGCGUUGGUGCAAGCACUCGGCGAAUACGAUCAUACAAAGCCUGCAUACAUUGGCGGUAUUUCUGAGAGUGUUCCCCAGGUCGGGAAUUUCGGUUUGAUGGCAUUCGGAGGCGCAGGCGUCUUUUUGUCCCGACCGCUGGUUCUCGAGCUGAGCAGCUCUGAUAUCUUUGACGCAUGCCAGCACAUGGAAUUUACCGGUGACCGACGAAUUUCCCUUUGCAUUUAUCAAUACACCACCACCCGCCUCACCAUCGACCACCGGUUGCGGCAGCUCGACAUGAUGGGCGAUGUAACGGGAUUUUUUGAAGCGGGCCGCGAACUUCCGCUCUCAGUGCACCACUGGAAAUCAUGGUUCCACUACGACAUGUCUAAAGUCAGCACCAUCUCCGAUCUUUGCGGCGACAACUGUAUGCUGCGAAAGUGGUUCUUCAAUGAUGGCUGGGUAUUGACCAACGGAUUCUCCGUAGUCAAAUACAGCUCUGAUAUCGACCCCGACGACAAAACCAUGGAAUUGACAUGGGAAAGCCACAACGGCGCCGUCCACGAGUCGUAUCUCCACGAACUCGGCCCGUUACGGCCAAAAGACUGGGACAAGGUCAGCUAUUUAAUAGCCGACUCUGUGGUUGAGGGCGAUACAGUCCGACAAUGGUACAUCAACCGCGAUCCCAACGGCGACCAAGUCUUGGAGUUAGUCUGGCGAUCUGGGUAA